UCGCUGAUAUGUUGGCCAAUCAAGGCAGAUAUAAGGUUGGUCCUCCUAUCAUCCCGGGUGGACCUAGAGAACUGUGGCCAGAAUUCCGUAGGGAACUAAAAAACACCUGGAUUGACGAUUUUUAUCAGAUCUGUGCCCUGAAAGGGCGUGUCUAUGCGUUAUAUGCCUCUCGCAACACCUUUUUGGAUGAUCCCUGGUUUUCGAAAAUCAACCGGCCACGCCGUUUCUUCACGGUCGUUCUACGUUUGAGAUCCGGUCAUUGCCUUACGCCAUCUUACCUUCAUAGAAUAGGACUUAAAGAGUCAAACUUAUGUGAUUGUGGUGAGUUGACCUAACCUGGGAUUGGAACUCCAAGACUCCUGAUGCCCCAGGACCCAGGAAUUAGGAAUAAGAAGCAAUACUACAACAC